AUGUACACUGCCAUAUUGCACAGUUUUGCUGAAUGCACCAAUGGUACGGCGGGCAAGGUGCGCAAGGUGCUCGAAGAGAUGGGCUUCUGGAUCGACACUGACGGUUCCGUGAGCGGCCGGCCCAAGAUCGAGCUGGAUGCUCGGGCUUGCGAGUGCGUGCUUGAGGUGCUCGCCGUCCACCCCGACUAUCUCCUACGUGCCGACAUUCUCGAAUACAUGAAGUCGCGGUGGCUUGCGCUUUCAGACCGUGCUCGCAACUUUGUUGUGGCUGGAAUGCUGCGCGAGCGUCACUUUGAACAUGCAUUGUCCGCGCUGGAGGACAUGGUAAAGAACAACAUACGCGUCGAAAGCUGGCUGUUCGAAAAGGCAAUGUGGAUGCUGUUGGAAUUUGGAGAGGCUGAGGAAGCCUUUUACGUAUUGAACCUCAGGGCAGAUGCGCAAAGUAGGAGCAAUGCAACAGCGCCAAGCAAGCUGAGUGAUGCCCUCUGGGGUGCAUUGCUAGAUGCUGCGGCGCAAGCAAAUCUUUACCACGAGACAAACAUGGUAUGGACGACCCAAGUUCAGCCCGGCUACCUGAAACCUGCAACUGGCGCCUGUCUCUCUGUUUUGACCACGGCCUCCCGCCAUGGAGAUGUCCAGCUGGCCACGGAUGUUUUCCGUGUGCUUACUGAGCGAGAUACCACAAUCACAACUCAUCAAUACGAAAUGCUCAUCAACACAUAUCUCAAGGCCAACGAUUUGUCGGCGGCGCUAAGUGUCAUUCUCAUCAUGGUUGACGCCAACCUCAAGGUAGACGAAGGGACGUGCCACCCACUCUACUGGCAUCUGUUUACCCAAAAGCAUGGCGGGGAUAGUCUACCCAUGCAAGCCUUCAUUCUGUUGCAGGACUUCGAGGCCGCUGGCCGUAAAGUUCCGACGGCCGCCGUCAAUGCAUGUAUGCAAGCUAGCAUCGCCCUGGAUCGCCUGGAAGAAGCCGUCGAAAUGUACAAGGCUCUGCACACUGUUUCCCAUGCGGGCCCCAACACGAAUACGUUCAACAUACUCUUUAGAGGCUGCCGUCGCCAAUUGCGCAAGGAGCUGGCCAUGUUCUUUGCAAACGAGAUGAUGCAACUGGGCUGCAAACCCGACCGUCUCACAUACGACCGGCUCAUUUUGGUAUGCUUGGAGUGUGGCGAUCUGGACGGCGCUCUGCUUUAUUACGAAGAGAUGACGAGCGUAAAUCUAACGGGCACGAAUAAAGGCCUGCAAGGCGAUGAGAGAGCCGUGGGCCUGCUCAAAGCCUACAAGGAAGGUGUUGACGAGCCCCUCCCAAGCGUGGAGAAGGCCGUCAUUGAUCGUGUCGAGUCCGGCCUCGUGCCGAUCGUGGCAGCAACAAGCGAGGACAUGUCUUCCGCUGCUGUGGAAGAUCAACACGUCAGCAGAGAAUUAGACCCACCGGGGGGGAGGAGUUGA